UCCAACCUAAAGGGAGCGAGCGCCCAUUUUCUGCCCGCUUUCCCGGCGCUCGGGGACUUUGCAGAAAACAUCCACAGCCCGCUCGGACGCUCCCCCGGGUUCGGGGCGCCUCCCCGAGGCCGGUAGAAGCGGCGGCCGCCCUCGCAGCCCCAUGGAGAGCCUGGAGGAGGGAGGAGUCGCUGCCGGCCCAGCCGACAUGGCUGCCCUGCACGCGGCCAAACGAGCCCUGCGAACCGAGCUGAAGCGCCGCCUGAAAGCGCUGAGCGAAGUCGAGAAGCUGCGCCAAUCGCGCCUGCUGGCUCGCAAGGUGAUGGCACAUCCCCGCUACCUAGCUUCCCAGCGCAUUGCAGUCUUUCUGAGCAUGCCAGAUGAGGUCCGGACCAGUGAAAUUAUUAAAGACAUUUUUCAAAAAGGCAAAGAAUGCUUCAUUCCAUGGUACAAGCCCCAAAGCAGUCAUAUGGACAUGGUCAAGUUAGCUUCCUAUGAAGAAAUUGACUUGCUCCCUCUGACAUCCUGGAAUAUCCAUCAGCCAGCUGAAAAUGACGUGCGGGAGGAUGCGUUGGCAAUGGCAGAUGGUCUGGAUCUCAUCUUGAUGCCAGGACUUGGUUUUGACAAAACGGGGAACAGGCUGGGAAGAGGAAAGGGGUAUUAUGAUACCUACCUCCAACGAUGCCUGCAGCAUCCGAAAGGAAAACCUUACACAAUAGCCUUAGCUUUCCAAGAACAACUAUGCAAUUUGGUCCCGGUGUCUGAAACUGAUAUGAAAGUGGAUGAACUCCUCUUUGAAGACUCCAAGCAAGAACUUUGAUGAGUAAUUGACCAAUGCUUCUCAUGGAAGUUCUGAACCACUUCAUUCAUGCCUUUUCAUGAUUGGGAGGUUCUGAGAUUAACCAAUAUCUUCAUAUCAAUAUCUCAACUCCAUAGUUGUGUUGAGGAUGGUGGUACCACCACCACCUCUUCUGCAUAUAAAGAACCAAGAGAUCAUGUGUCUAGAUUAUGCACAUAACGCAUGUGUGGAUUACCUAUGUAUCUUUUCUAAACAGUUGGUGUGAUUUUGGCAGAGGUUCUUUUGCUGGAAAUUCAUGAAAAGACUGAAACACCA